AAAUAACCUGCCAGCGAAGAUAUCCGAUAUGUUUUGAUUCCUUUUAAUAACUAGAGCUAGUGGCCAGCAACAAGAAUGCUUACGUGUACUAGCUAAAUUACAAGCAAUCGUUUCUGUAUGAUACAUGGUCAUGGAUGAAUUUAUUGCGUUAUCUAUACGACCCUUGGAACAGUUUAACAGCUACGUGGAUGUGUAACUCAGCUUGUAUCACUUGUCCUGCUGCCGCGGUUAGUCAUGUUAUAGCUAUACCCAGCGAACUGUCAUUCGCUAGUUAACUAUUUAAAUUAAUUCGCCGGUCUGUUUAGCUAUUUGUGUGCCAUUUUGUGUGCCUACGACGAAUAUGUGGAUUGAAGUCAUUUUUAUUCUAUUAUGCACAUCGAAAAUAUAUGCGCAGACAUGUGCAGGGCAGUGUGGCCAAAAAUGGGAGACCUGCUCGUGCCAUACGACAUGUGCUUCUCUACAGAACUGCUGCCCAGAUUAUAGGCAAUUCUGUCUGGAGAUUUCCCCGUACUCAGGCGGAAUGUUCGGAGGAUCUGACUUCACUUUGCUCGAUGUAACUUUUGACCAGACUUCCAAAAUAUUCUGCCGGUUCAAUGGUGAAAUUGUGGUCGAUGGGUACGUGGACGGAGAUGGCAGGGGUCACUGCAUUUCACCUUUUCUAUACGAAACGGGAUGGAUAUCGUUUGACAUCUCAACCGAUGACGUCACGUAUAAUAGACACGGGUCUUGGCUGUCAGUGCAUCCUGGGAAACUGAGUCCUGAUUUGAAAGCCACCCUUGUGAAUGCGACCCAGUGGCAGUACUAUGGCACACCCAAUGUUGCGGGAACUCUGAAGUUGACUUGGAACACCUCUCUCAUCAAAGCAGACAAGGUCAAAGUGGAACUUUGGGGAUAUAGGGAGAUAGGCGAGCCCUACUCCAGUUCCUGGACGCCGGAAUGGAAGUACUUGUACACUCUGGGGAGAGACCUCCCCAACGAUGGCCAGUUCAGCUUCAUUCCCAAACCCCAGGAGAAGCCCGUGUCCGAGUGGGAGCUCGGAAGUGUCCGAGUGAGCAGCUCUUCCGAGCCUGAUGGGAGAAGGGACGUGCAGGCCGUGUGGAGCGAUGACCACGCCCUGGCCUGGCACCUGGAGGAGAGGUUUCGGCGGGACUCCGCCUCCUGGGCCCUGGGGAAGUGCCUGAGCUGGGAUGCGCUGGAGCGGGCGCUGCCCAACUUCCUGAACGAGACCAUCGACUGUCCCUGCACACUGACCCAGGCCAGGGCGGACACAGGCAGGUUUCAUACCGAUUAUGGAUGUGACAUAGAAAAGGGGAGCGUGUGUACGUACCAUCCUGGCAGCGUUCACUGUGUGAGAGCCAUUCAGGCCAGCCCCAAGUACGGAGCGGGCCAGCAGUGUUGCUAUGACAGCACGGGGGCGCAGGUGCUGACGGCCGAUUCGAUCGGGGGGAGCACCCCGGACAGGGGCCACGACUGGGGCUCCCCUCCGUACCGGAAACCCCCCAGGGUCCCUGGGCUGUCUCACUGGGUAUACGACGUUCUCAGCUUCUACUACUGCUGCCUGUGGUCAGACAACUGCCACUAUUACUUCACCCACCGGCCCUCCAGCGACUGCAGGACCUACCAAGCCCCAAAAGCCGGUUUCGCGUUUGGUGACCCCCACUUUGUGACGUUCGACGGCUCCAGCUACACCUUCAACGGGAAGGGGGAGUACUACCUGGUGCUUGCACCCGGGAAGGGGCUCACCAUCCAGGGGAGGACGGAGCCGGUGAAACUGGAGAAUGGCACCUUGGCCAAUGCCACCAGGCUGUCUUCCGUGGCGAUGCAGGAGAACACCUCUGAUGUCAUCGAAGUGCGCCUGGCCAUUCAGGAGGACCGUCUGGAAGUGCUGAAGAACCAGGAGGUCCUCUCCUUCUCCCAGCAAAGCUGGAUGGACCUCAAAGGUGUGUUCGUCUUCUCGUCGGUCCCACAGAACGUGACCGUCAUGUUCCCCACGGGGGCCGGGGUGGAGGUUCGAGCCAGGGGAGGCACCAUGGCGACCACCGUGCUCCUCCCCCAGGAGUUCGACAACCAGACCCUGGGCCUGCUGGGACGGAUGAACGACGACCCCGGCGACGACCUGGUCUCUAGCGACGGGGAGGUCGUUCCCCUCGACCAGACCACGGCCGAGGCGCUCUUCAAGUUCGGAGCUGGCUGGGCUAUCGCCAACGAGACUUCCCUCUUCACCUACGACACCACGCGCUUGCUGGACGAGUACUACUUCGCGCCCAAGCACGACCCCGCUUUCGUGCCCGCCUUUUCCUUCCGGGACGACCCGGACGACCCGCUCUAUGGCGCGGUGUCGAAAAUGUGCUCGGGCCCGGGGUCCUGGUUCUGCAAGUACGACGCGCUGACCAGCCGGAGCCUGAGGAUGGGCAACUCCACCAUGGUCUCCUUCACCAGUCACUCUGCUGUCAUGAGAGACCUGGAACCUGUUGUGUCCUGUGGGUGGCUGGCCCCGCCCAGAAAUGGGAGGAAAGAAGGUACAAGGUAUCUGGAAGGGUCAAAGGUUACCUUCAGCUGCAGCAAGGGCUACGUCCUCUCGGGGUCUGGAGAGCGCACCUGCCAGGGGGACGGGACGUGGUCGGGCGAAACCACGCACUGCGUCUCAGAUAAUAUCCUGGGGAUUGUGUUGGGCAGUGUGUUUGCCUCGCUUGGACUAAUUGGCAUGAUUGUGGCUGUCAUAUUAACCGUCAGGAAACAGAAAAGAAAAGCGCCAGAGAUUCAACUCAAAGGUGACAUUUGAAGAAAGGUGACAAACAUCCCAAGCACCGUUUAUCAUUUUGCACUGUUUGGCAUGUUCAGUUCAACAGUGAAAUGCUUUUGUCAUGAGUUAUGAAUAAUAUUGCACCUUUAGACUUGAUGGGGAUUUCAUCUUGAAGUGACUCUCAGAAAUUGAUACGUAUCACUUCAGUACAUAGACUUUCUAUGCUUACUCACUGUAGUAAGUCAUGAUGGUGUGGCUUAUAUGUACAAAAAAAACUGUAUUUCCAUACAUACAUCUAAGACAAUGAAGGAUAUGGAGUUAACAUAUUUCAUAUGUUGAUUGUUGGUUUAUUGUCGUGUUUUUUAUUUUUGUUUGAACUGCGCAACCAAUGCUGACUUGGCAUGGAGGCCAUUUUGGGGAGCCGUGUUUCUCUCUGAUAUAUAUAGGCAGUUUCUGCCCUUUUCUGCGGCAGUUAAUUCGGUCUCUCUUGGAAAACAAAAGCCAACGGGACGUAUGUACCACAAUGGUGCUUCGUUCACAAACCCAACAUUCCCUUCCUCAGAAACCACCAUGAGCAGCAGUUUCACAUCGGUCGCCUUGCUUGUCAGCAUUUGUUGGAUUCGGCCUGUUGCGGUUCCUCCCAAUUCUGCAUCAUGGCAAGGCAUCAGUCAGCGUUUAUUAGGGAACGCUGCCAUGGCAACUGAAAAAAUGGCAGUUUUUUUUUUAUUAUAUGAAAGCUCUGACUUGCUGGCUAGCAUGCAUGCUACUGUACUUAGUCCAACCCUGAAAAAGUGCACAAAUCUUUUCUCUUUUUUUUUUUUUUCAUUGAAAAGACUACAGGUUGAGCCAUGCGCAAACAGGAAGGUGUUAAUUCCCUUCAUAUUCAACGAAGGUUCUCAUUUUUUCUAUUUUCAUCAUGGAUUCAUACCGCAAUUUACCUUUGAAUUGAGAGGAAGACAACCGAACAGUGCUCACUUGAGUUGAACUGGUAAAUUCGGAAAUGCAGUAGUACAUGUUGUCUGGACUGUACCUUUAUAAAGUGAGAAAUAUUUGUGCUUGAUUGAAGUUGUAUUUCACCAUACUCAGUUGCUGUACUGCCAAAUGUGAAAAGCUAGCAAGUGUGUUCCUCGCGCCAGAAUUUCUAGUUUUGUGGUAACUAGAAAUGUGUGGUAGCCUGUGUUGUAUAUAGAUUCUUGCAACAAACAGUUAAAUGUGUAAUUGAUAUAGUCAGUGAUUUUUUUUGGCGGGGUAUUGGAGAGUAGUUUGAUGGCAGACUCGGUAUAACGGUACAGCCCCCCAAGAGAUUGGUGGACCACUCCAGCUCAUCCUUUGAACUGUUAUUCAGUAGCCUAGUUUUUUUUUUUAAACUAAUGAAAUAAGUUAUUUGUUCGUUUAUAUUUUGAUCUUAUCAUUUUUUUUAAAGAUGAUUAAUUUAAGCAUUUGAACUAACACAUACUGACUGGAUCUGUAAUUCAGCGAAUAAUUCAACUAAUAAUUAGUUGUUAAAAUUCACAACAUUUGCUGUUCGCUGCACUUAAGCAGUACAAGCGCUCUGGUUGUGAAAUGAAUGGUUUUCUUUUAUACCACGAUUUCGUGGAAACUGGGGGGAAAAUGAAAAUAAAAGUCGAAAUGAUAAA